AUGUCCCGUCACGUGCUGCUGUCCCGCCUGGCGGAGCAGUUCCAGGGGCAGCGGUUCCCCUCCCCCGAGCGCAGCGUGUCCCCCCGCAGCCCCGCCUCCCCGCACUCGCCCCCGCACUCGCCCGAUAACCGCCUGGACCUGCUGCAGCUGGGAGACAUCGAGAUCGCUGGACAGGCGCUCAAGCACUAUGCUAGAGCUACUGAAGCACUGAUGUACUGCAGUGGGUUUGGAGCAAUUUACGGAGGAGCGGGGGUGUGGCCGCUCAUCCUCCCGCGACCACCUUCACACUUCACUCAGUUGGACCCCGCCAAGCACACACCGCCUAGAGAAGAUGACGAAGAGGAGCUGCCGCUAAACUUAUCUACAAAGAACAGACAGAUAUGGUCCCCCGGCAGCGCCUGCGAGCGCGAGCACCUGGACACGGAGACGGACUCGCUCGCGUCGCGGUGGGAGGGAGUCGACGACGACGUGCCCCUCGAGCUGGUCAAGAGGUGCCCCAGCAGCCCCGACGACGAGCGGGCCCCGGACGAGCCCCGGCGGUGCCCUUCCGAGCCCACCUACCCCUACCCCCCGCCCCCGCCCGACUUCGCUCUGCUCAUGAAACACGACAACAGAAACGAGAAAUCCUUUCAGUGUAAGCAAUGCGGGAAGUGCUUCAAGCGGUCAAGCACGCUGUCCACGCACCUGCUGAUCCACUCCGACACGCGGCCCUACCCCUGCCAGUACUGCGGGAAGAGGUUCCACCAGAAGUCCGAUAUGAAGAAACAUACCUACAUACACACAGGUGAAAAGCCCCACAAAUGCGUUGUGUGCUCGAAGGCGUUCAGCCAGAGCUCGAACUUGAUCACGCAUAUGCGCAAGCACACGGGCUACAAACCUUUUUCUUGCGGCCUCUGCGAUAAGGCGUUCCAGCGCAAGGUGGACCUCAGGCGUCACCGCGAGUCCCAGCACGCCGACGCCGUCACCUCCCCCGCCCUCACCCCGCGGUACAGAUACUACGGCGAGGACUCCAACCCCCAUCCCACGCUCAUCACCAAUUAACGCAUGUGUCUUACAAACAAAAAGAAAUCUAAAGCAAAAAAAUAUCAAAUAGGAAAAAGCAGCGAACGGGCAUUUUGCUGUAGGUAGAGCUUUUUGUGAUUUGAUAUUUUUUAUUUUCAAUAAGUAUUUUAUUGACCAUCGAUCGAUGUUAACAAAUAAAUACUAUUUGGACACUCUAAAGUGUUGUGAAUUAUAAAACGUUUUUAA